AUGGCUAGUCCUACAGUUCUCACCUUUGACUCUGAGGGCCGUUCGAUUAAGAUUGACGUUUGGCUCGAUGACCUGCACCUGUUCCUCCAGAUCACUGCCAAGGACGAUGUUUCCCUUUUUGACCACACGUCCAGCGCCGCUCCCACACCUGCUGCUACUGCUGACAGCACUACUCGAUCACAGUGGCAGACGCGUGACGCUCAUGCUCGCCUAGCCGUUCGCAGCCACCUACCGCUAGAUGAGCGCGAACACUUUGGCCAGCAUAAGACCGCUAAGCAGCUGUACGACGAUGUAGUUGCACGCUACUCCUCCCCUGCUACUGCUGCGAUAGGCCGUCUCUCACUGCCCUAUCUCUUCCCCGAUCUGUCUGCCUUUGCCACUGUAGCUGACCUCAUGACGCACCUCCGUACCGGUGAUCUUCGCUACCGUGCCGCACUUCCACCCGAUUUCCUAGCCAAGAACCCUCCCCCGAUGUACCUCACACUCUAUCACCUUGUCACCCGCCUCCCUGACUCCCUUCGCACUGUCAGGGACCACUUUCUCGCCCUCUCCCCUACCGACCUCACUGUCGACCUGCUCGAGAAGGAACUCCUAGCAGCUGAGAAGAGAAUUGUAGCUGUAGGUGCCUCUCGUGGCGACCCUCGUGCCCCCUUCUUUGAGGGGUGCUCCCCCGUCCCUCUCCUCCCCUCCAUAGCAUCUGCUGCUGCUGUCGACUACCUCGGUGCUGAGGGAGUUGGGGCUGCGUCUGCUCCUAGUGGGAGGCGCAAGGGCGGUAGGGGCAAGGGGGGCAGGGGUGGCGGAGGUGGCGGCGGGGGCAGCGGUCGUGGAGGGGGCGGGGGUGGUGGCGGUGGUGGGAGUGGUGCUAGUGGUGGGGGGGUCAGUAGCGGAGCCGGGGGUGGUGGAGGCGGCGGUGGUGGGGGUGGCGGGGGUGGUGGUGGCAGUGGUGGCGGCAGUGGAGCUGGUGGUGGACACAGUAGAGCGUGUUGA